CACAACUCACAGGUACCAUCUCCUUUUUUUUCUUCUUUGUUGAAAAUGGAAACCAAAACAGAAAAUGACAACUCUCUUUCCUUACCCAUGUUGGCUGAUGACUGUGAUAAAGCUGAGAAGGGAAUUGGAUCAGAUAGACUUAUUAGCAAUGGCAAAACAUCCUUUCUGAAAACAACUUUUCAUGGACUCAAUGCUCUAUCAGGAGUUGGGAUUUUGUCGACUCCAUACGCAUUAUCAUCAGGAGGGUGGUUAAGCAUGAUACUUCUUCUUCUAAUUGCAUGUGUAACUUUCUACACAUCCUUAUUAAUAAAGAGAUGUAUGGAUUUUGAUCCAACUAUUACAAGCUAUCCAGACAUUGGAGAUCGUGCAUUCGGAACAAGAGGAGGAAUAUUGGUUUCAGUUUUUAUGAAUCUAGAACUUUACAUGGUUGCAACUGGUUUUCUAAUUCUUUCAGGGGACAACUUGCAUAAUCUGUUACCAGAUGUGAACUUUGAGUUUUGGGGACUCCAAUUUGGUGGAAAACAAAGUUUUGUCUUGAUUGUUGCUCUCCUCAUAUUGCCAACCAUAUUGUUAAAGAACAUGAGCAUUCUUGCGUAUGUAUCAGCCUCUGCAGUAUUAGCUACUCUCGUGAUUAUUGGUUUGAUUUUCUGGGAAGCAACGUAUGAUGGCAUUGGAUUUCAUAAAAGUGGAGUAGUUGUGAAUUGGGGAGGAAUCCCUACAUCGUUUAGCUUAUAUGCCUUCUGUUAUUGUGCCCAUCCUGUUUUUCCAACUCUCUACACUUCAAUGAAAAACCAAAACCAAUUUUCUAAGGUAAUGCUUGUGUGUUUUGUGUUCUCUACCGUAACCUAUGCAUCAAUAGCAAUUAUGGGAUACUUAAUGUUCGGCUCUGAUCUGGAAUCACAAAUCACAUUGAACCUUCAACCGGAAAAAUUUAGCUCAAAAUUGGCUAUAUACACAGCUUUGAUCAAUCCAAUAGCCAAGUAUGCAUUAAUGAUGACACCAAUUAUUAACAGACUUGAGGAGCGUUUGCAGUCACAUUGUGACAAAAAAUCAUUUAGCUACCUGAACAGGACUAUAUUAAUGAUAAGCAGUGUCACUGUGGCUCUAACUAUACCCUUUUUUGGGUAUCUCAUGUCACUAGUUGGAGCAUUUCUUAGUGUCACAACUUCAAUUUUGGUACCAUGUUUCUGCUACUUGAAGAUUUUGGGCACUCAUAAGAAACUUGGAUAUGAGCUAGUCAUAAUAGGAUUUAUAAUUAUAAUGGGGAUCAUUGUCUUAGUUACCGGUACAUACACAUCCAUGGAGGAAAUAAUACACCUCAUGUAAUUAUGUAUUUUACUAAAAAA